CGGCCCAUGGAACUGACGGAAAGGUCACACCAUCGUAGGGUUUGAGAGAGACGAGGGAACGACCAGUCUUCACCCUUCAGAUUUGAGAUCUCCGAUUGACGAGUCUGAGCGAUAGAUGGCGACGACUACGAAGCAGCGAGCGGCAUCUUCCUGGCUCCGGUGGCUUUUCCUCUUCAUCGGUGCCAUCGUCCUCGUCCAGGUUCUUAUAUAUGCUAAAGCAUCUCAAAAAAGUUUAAAGGAAGCCACACACAAGGUGUACUUUGAUGUCGAAAUUGGUGGAAAACCAGCUGGCCGGAUUGUUAUGGGUUUAUUCGGCAAAACUGUACCCAAGACUGCCGAAAACUUCCGCGCAUUAUGCACUGGAGAGAAAGGUGAAGGCAAAAGUGGGAAACCUCUUCACUACAAGGGGAGUAGCUUCCACAGAAUAAUUCCCAGUUUUAUGAUCCAAGGAGGCGAUUUCACUCACGGUAAUGGAAUGGGCGGAGAGUCUAUAUACGGCACUAAAUUUGCCGAUGAGAAUUUCAAGCUCAAGCACACAGGACCAGGAUUCCUGUCGAUGGCGAAUUCUGGUAGCGAUACCAAUGGAUCCCAAUUUUUCAUCACCACUGUAACAACUAGCUGGCUGGACGGUAAACAUGUUGUUUUCGGAAAAGUGAUCUCCGGCAUGGAUGUGGUGUACAAGAUUGAAGCCGAAGGGAAGCAGAAUGGGUCGCCCAAAAGCAAAGUCGUGAUCAUCGACAGUGGUGAACUGCCUUUAUGAUCCAAUCAUUCAACUCCAUUUUUUUGUGCAACUCAUGGAAAAUUCUGGUGUAGACAUUGAUAUCCAUCAUCUUCUUCCCCCAUGAACCUUGCUUAAGCAUUUGGACAAUUAAACCAUUUACAGUGUUAGUCAUGUAGUAAUUCUCAAAGAGUAUUAUCAUGUGACCUUGUUUAAGUCAAUUAUUAUUGCAGCAUUAAUGACGAUCAUAUCAUUAUCUA